AGUGACCUCCCUUGAAUCACACCUGAGUGACGUCACCAGGUAAGUGUCCCAUUUUCGAAGAACGGGAGAUACAAACAAACUAUCAGGACAGUUUGAUAUGUAACCACCUCACCUGUCAAAGUCACCUACAAGGUAAAGACACGUCAACACCCGGUCUUAAUUACAGUGUUCCCUCUUGCUGGUGCGAGUAUGGGAGACGUGAACGGUAACGACGCUCCCGCAACCAUCAACCACACGGAGGUGCACGUGGACGUCCGCAGCCCCGGAGUCGCUUACACCGCCAAUGGCGACGUGGUCACCCAGCAAGGGGGUGUGCCCAUCAUUGCCCAGAACCCUGACCCCAGCAGGAAACCUAAAGACUUCGUCAUGACCAACUGUUUUGUGGUGUUCGCGUGUAACUUUAUAUUUGGUUUCAUUGGAUACCAUUACGGGGUCAAGUCCAACUGGGCCUGGAAGCUGGGCCAGGAACAUGAGGCCAGGAAGAAGGCGAAGAUCGCCCUCAUCUUCGCCAUUGUCGGCAUCGUUGCAGGAAUCAUCACCUACUGCCUGGCGUUCGGCUUGUACUUCACAAUAGGCAGACAACCCAUCGACGUCACACAUAAAGGGACACCGCCCUAACUAGGCCAUAAGGUCCAUGGUUUUAUAUUUGUGAAGACAGCGUUCUUUGUUUCGGACAUUAUCAACGAUAAAGGCAGCUAAAUGAACCGCGAUUUUUGUUCAGUUUCAAAUCUGUAGUUGUAUUACUAAACUUAUGUUAAACGUAGAAUUAGCUGACCCACGUGCCCAAAUAGGAAAACUCACGGCGGCCCAAAUAGGAAAACUCGCGGCGCACCAAAGGUUCCCGGAACUUGUUAUAAGGAAGCAAUAGUUUGGUACUGGUGCAAUGGUACAAUGUUGAGACAAGCCCUGCUUUCAAGAACCAUCCUCUCUCAUUCAGGGUAAUGUAUAUUCUGUGUACGUGUAUAAACCUUGGGGGUGAGGGAUUUGAAUGACACAACAACCUUUUAAAUACGCUAUUACCUCAUUUUAAAACGUUCCUGAAGCACCAUUGAUACCUUCCUAUUCCAGUGUGCAUGAUGUAGAAUUCAGGCAUCACCAGCUGACGUUUCUAAGAUUGUUCUCCAGGAGGUAGGAUCUGGGUGGAACUUAAUAUACACAUGGCAAGAGAUAGGCCAAUUCUAUUUGGAUUAUAUGAUGCAACGUCAUCGACACCUGGUCUCAUAUCGACAUCCCGCAUGUCUCGAACAACGGAAUAAUCGACAUAUGUUCGAUGCAGCUCUAUUUGCACUUUCUCUGUACAUAAUAUGGCGAAUAUUACCCCAUCCAGUAUAUAACCAAGGUCUCAGAAUGUAGUUGGGUUACACUUAUACUUACAGGUAUCAAUGACGCCAAAGGUGUUUAAGUUUUACUCGUGUGAUGAAGAAGAGAAUGUCCUGUAUAAUUAUGGAGUUAAAACGUGGAAUUGUGGGGACGAGAACGUGGUUUCUUGUUCUCAAACACUGCGUAUGGAUCUCAAAAUGAUGCCAAAAUAACCACUGAUUUAUUUUACACGCUAAUCCGACGUUUAUCUUCAUAUUGAUUGCGUUUGAAUUCGUAACUGGUUUGUUAUAACCUAUAUGAGUUUAUGAAGACUUGGCAGGAACAUAACCUGGACCCACUUGCACAAAGCAAUCUUAGCGCUAAGACUAUCUUAAGCGUAUGUUAAAGAAUGGGAGUUACGAUCAUCUUAUCGCUAAGAUCGCUUUGUGCAAGUGGGCCCUGGAUAUAUUUUCUGUUGAGUUCACUGGAUCUGUUCGUAUGUUUAUUUUGGGCGUUGAAACCAGUGGGUUGUUUGCAUUUUAAAAUGUUUUGAUAUGAUUAUGUAUCAUUGAUAUUUACUUUGGUUAUGUGUAUAUAGCGGCUUUACUAUUGUUUUCUUUGUUGCUUUAUAUUUCAUAUAUAUUGCAUAUUUCACACGCAAUCCUAAAUAUAUAACGUUCACCUUUAAAGCAUUGAUUUAAACAUAUUUAUUCACAAGGAGUGAACGGGAUUGGGGGACAAGUUCUUCCAACUUAGAAUGCCCUCUCCCUGGUAUUUACAAAAUAUUCACAAAAGCAUUUAUGCGUCCAUAAUCAAAAUAAGAGUGCACUGAGUUUGUUGAGGGAAAACAUCUAUGCAGUCAUGGUAGAGGUCUUCGGUCGAUUUUUCCAAUAUUCUAUACAUCGAAUUGUGAAAUGUGCCUCUGCAGCUGAUUAAUUUGUUUGAAGACAUGAUUUAUUGCUUGUAUAUAACACCCUGAUCAAAAUACCCCACAUUCCACAGGGUGCAAUAACCAAGCAUCAGGGGCUUGCCUAUUCGUGACCACUCGCCGAAUUCUUGCAGGUUACGGAAAGGGGCGUGUGCAUCCGGGUAUAUACGUGUGUCUGACCCAGAGCCGUUUUGGGUGUUCAUUUCCAGAAACGUCAGUAUGCCGUCAUAAGUGCCAUCCAAGCUGGAGUGUUAAAAACAGAUUUAACAAAAACAGUUAUAAAGAACAAGUUAUAAUGAACGGUUCUAUUUUUUGCUUAAUAUUUUAUUUUGACAAUAAGAAAGCCCCAAGAAUCCCUUUAGACUUGUGCUCAACUGGGUUGUCGGGUUCACGCGUUGUCUGAAUAUGUACUUACGGUGAUUGUUGCUUGAAACGAAACUGAAAAGAAUCGUAAGUUCCAUGACAUAUAUCGAAGACUACUCGAAUGACAACACAUAGCCAAGAAAAAAGUACCCAGAUUUCUUGUCAUUGAAGAUAUAUUUGCGCUGAGAAUAUCUAAUAUACCUGUUACAGUAAACUACGUUUAUAACGAACACGCUUAUAACGAACUUACAGAUAUAACGAACUUAUUUUUUAGUCUCGGCCAUUUGUUGUAUAUAUGCUGUAUAUAUGCUUAUACCGAACUACGGCUAUUUACGAACGAAAAUUAGUUGUCCCUUUGAGUUCGUUAUAACCGUAGUUUACUGGUAUAUGAUUGGACAUCAACGAGUCAGAGAUAAUACACUGACGAUCCUAGACUCUUCUCUCGAUAUUAAAAUAUGUAACACAUCUAAAUACGUAAUUUUCUAUAUGCAGGCCAUUGAAUUUUCGAUUUUCAUCGUCGCUCGCCUCUUUAUUGAAACCCCGACUAACAUCAUCUUACCGAGCACCUAUAACGGAUGACAUCUCUCCCUGUGUUCCCUUAUAUCUGCAAGUGAUGAAACACACGCGUACGUAGUCAAACCGAACACUCAUGUCCCCUGUGACUCAUGUCGCCAUGGGGGGCACGGGUGGCCCAGUCGUCUAAGGCGCCGCAAAUCGCUGUGCAGAGUUGCGUUCCUUGGACACGCCAGAAACCUAUGAUUGUGGGUUCGAAUCCCGGAUCGCGCCGAUUAUGUUUCUAGGUUUGUCAGCACCAUACCCGAACUCGUGGGUUUCACCGAAGUGGUAAACGUCUAAGACCUGCAUGACUUCAGGCUUUCCUCCCACAUCAAACUGACACGCCGUGAUAUAACUGGAAUACUGUUAAAAACGGCCUUAAACCCAGCUCACUCACUCAUGUCGCCAUGUCAAGUUCGCAGCUGCCUUGAAACGUUUAAAUAUUAAUAUAUUCCCCCCGCCUCGCAUUAUUGAACAUUUUGGGUGAAUAUCUAUUACUUAUUAAUUGAAGACAAACAUCCACCAAGUUGGCAUGACCUCAGUAUAUAUAGCGAACACGAAGGGGCAUUAUAUACGGGGAAAUACAUGGUGCAUGGCCAAAUAUGCAUGAUAUUUCGCUGUAUCCGACCAAUUAUGUUGUUGAUUAUAUUAAUUAUGAUAUCCUGCUCUUUGUAACUGAAUAUACCCAGAAAGACUAAAGUGAUAGCAAUUUUCCGAUAUGAACUUUACAAUGUUUAAUAGUGUUUAUAUUUGUAUGGUGAAAUUAACCUGUGUUCUUUAUUGCGUUUUUAUAUCAGUGGCUGAUUUAUAUCGGCGUCCAACUAUGCAGAAUAAUGCAUAUAUUAUCUAUGUUGUUGUUACACUUCUGCACAUUGUAUAUGUAUAUAGACAGAAGGUAUAGCCCUAUAGUACCUGGUGUGGGUGUCUGUGUACAUACAGAGUGUACGAGGUUUGUAUGCAAUAAUCAGUGCUGAAAUACUCAUUAAGCCACUCGUGUGCAUCAUAUUGAAGAUAUAUAUUUUCAAAAAUUAAAUCAUACAAACUA